CAGACACCCAAGCAGUGCUGCGGACUUUCUCUGGCAGUACGUAAGAUUGACAGCUAUUUACAAGUGAAGUUGAAGUGACAACGACUUUAGAAAGAGGUCCAUCACCGAGAAACUAACAGACAAAUGAGAGAGAGAAAAAACUGUCAUUUACUGUAACAUCUCGAUGGAUAUGAUGGAGGAAACCUUGUGAGGCUGACAUGAAUAUCAUGGCGAAAAGGACCAUAAAUGUUAAAGAAGAGGACUGUGAGUGUGAGCCUGUCCACCCUAACCAGGUGAGUCUGGGCAUUAAGGAUGAGGACUGUGAACUGGGGUCAAUGGACAUUAAAGAAGAGGAUAAAGAGGAGUGUGUCAGCAAUGAAAUGUAUGAACGUACAAGUGUAGAGAAUGUCAAGGAAAACGAUGGGUGUCGAGACGGAGCAGUGACCGGAUUAGUCUCUCGUCAAAGCCGACACUUAAUUGAUAUGAAGUCCGCAUCAUUACAAUGUGACACAAUGAGUACUGAGGAAAUUUCAUCUGUCAGGACUCUGGAAGAUCAACCACCACUUUUGAAUAAGUCUAGAAAAAGAGACAGGCCCCACUGCUGUUCUAAAUGUGGCAAACGGUUCUGUGACAGGAGUACCCUUGGGAGACACAUGAGAAUUCACACCGGAGAGAAGCCAUAUUGCUGUAAUGAAUGUGGCAAAAAGUUUUGUCAGAGGAGUACUCUCCAGAAUCACUCUAGGAUUCACACAGGAGAGAAGCCGUACUUCUGUCCCGAUUGUGACAAACGCUUCUGUGACAGGAGUACUCUUUGGAGGCACGUUAGAAUUCACACGGGACAGAAGCCAUAUUGCUGUGUGGAAUGUGGCCAACAUUUUUCAGUGAAGAGCACCCUCCUGGCACAUGCAAGAAUCCACACGGGUGAGAAACCGUAUUGCUGUUCCGAGUGUGGCAAACAAUUCUGUUACAGGAGUAACCUUCAGAGCCACAGAAGGAUUCACACAGGGGAGAAGCCGUAUUUCUGCUCUGAAUGUGGCAAACGGUUCUCACAAAGUAGCCAUCUUCAGAAGCACAAACAAAUUCACAUGGGAGAGAAGCCCUAUGUCUGUUGUGAAUGUAGCAAACCGUUUUUACAAAGUGACCAGCUUCAGAGGCACAAAAAAAUCCACACAGGAGAGAAGCCACAUGGCUGUUCUGAGUGUGGCAAAACAUUUUUGAAACUGAGCAGUCUCCAGAACCACAAAAGAAUUCACGCAGAAAAGAAGGCCCACGGCUGUUCUGAAUGUGGCAAACAGUUCUUGCGAAAGAGCGGACUUCGGAGCCACGCAAGAAUUCACACGGGGAGAAGCCGUUUUGCUGUGCUGAAUGUGGCAAAGCAUUUUCGUAUAGGAGCGGACUUCGGGACCACAAAAAAAUUCACACAGGAGAGAAGCCAUUUUGUUGUUGUGAAUGUGGCAAACAAUUUGCGCAUAUGAAUAGUUUAAAGAGACACAUGACAGUUCACACUGCCGAGAAGGAGGAAGCCCUCCAGGAAUAAGUUGGUGGGUCAAGAAGGAAUAAACUGGAGGAAGUACUGAAAUUGUAAACUCCUGCGAUGAGGAUGGGGGUACAUGUGAUACUAUGCCUUAUUAUAAGGCAUGUACUUAGAAAAACUUUGGUAACCUGUUCUGCUUACCAUGUUACCAGGUCAGAUUGACAAGAUCUUGUUAUGUGCUCGGAGAAUGCCAGAUCAGAAUCCAUAUAAACCAGUGUUUCCCAAACUCGGUCCCGGGGACCCCCUUGUCGCUGCAGGUUUUUGUUCCAACCAGCUUCUGUUU